GCAGUCGCGCAGUCGCGGCGGCCGCUCGCUCCCGCCCACGCCGGGUGGCCGACGUGGAAGUUGCUGGCUGACGAGGCUUCCAAGGAAACCGCCUCCCAGCCACCGGAGGCCGAGACGAGCGGAGGUGGCGGCACCGGGGAUCCAGUAGAGUCGCUGCCGAGACCGGGGCCUGUGUCUGCCGAUCGACGAGGGCGGACGGGCGCUUCAUCAUGGGUGGCUUUUUCUCAAGUAUAUUUUCGAGUCUAUUUGGAACCCGGGAAAUGAGGAUUUUAAUUUUGGGAUUAGAUGGAGCAGGAAAAACUACAAUUUUGUACAGAUUACAGGUUGGAGAGGUUGUUACUACUAUUCCUACCAUUGGAUUUAAUGUUGAGACGGUAACAUACAAGAACCUUAAAUUUCAAGUCUGGGAUUUAGGAGGACAGACCAGUAUCAGGCCAUACUGGAGAUGUUAUUAUUCAAACACAGAUGCCGUCAUUUAUGUAGUAGAUAGUUGUGACCGAGAUCGAAUUGGCAUUUCCAAAUCAGAGUUAGUUGCCAUGUUGGAGGAAGAAGAGCUGAGAAAAGCCAUUUUGGUGGUGUUUGCAAAUAAGCAGGACAUGGAACAGGCUAUGACUCCCUCAGAGAUGGCAAAUUCACUUGGGUUACCUGCCUUGAAGGACCGAAAAUGGCAAAUAUUCAAAACUUCAGCAACCAAAGGCACUGGCCUUGAUGAGGCAAUGGAAUGGUUAGUUGAAGCAUUAAAGAGCAGGCAGUAAUCCAAUCACUUCUCCUUCUGAAAUGAAGACCACAUCCCAUGUCCUUUUGGAAAUAGUUAAGUGUGCUUCACACUACUAAAUGUUAAAGCUGUGUGUAUGAUUGUUGGCAUAUACUGAACUGACUACACAUUUGUAAUAAAUAUAAAAAAUAAGUAUUUGGUUGGAAGGAUAGCUCAUCUUGAAUGAACCAACUGACUGGUCUGUAUGAUGUAAAAUAUUCCUUCCUUGCUUUCUUGUAUUAUUAAGGUAUAUAUUCUAUUUGUGUGGAAUGCUUAUUCAAAUACAGUCCUAUUAAAAAAUGCACUAUCAUCAAGGGGGAAAAACCCUAUUUUUGAAUGAGUGGUUACAGAUUGUUUAUAUAAACACUAAUAAAUACCUUAGCUCAGAUUUUUUCCCUCUAAAAUGAAUUAAAUUUUUCCAGAAAGUAGACUCGGUAGGGUAGUCUAGGAACAUGGUGUGAGUAAUAUAGUUUCAUUUGCUCAGUAACCACUUUAUUUAAACUGUUUCAUUUAAAAGCUUUUGGUCAUAGGCAAGAAGUUGAAAUAAUUAUUUUGUUAAAGUCACUGAUGUAUCUGUAAUUGUUAUUUUAUAGUACUUUAUAGUUGAAAAAAAAUUCAAUGUAUAUUGAUACCUAGUCAGUUUUUACAAGAACCCUGUGAUGUAGAUAGGACAGAUUGUAAUGUAAUGUUUCUGUUUUAUGGACGUGUUGAGGCUUGUGUUGAUAGCUUGGUUUGCCCAACUGCUAGUAAGCUGGGAGCCAGGCUCAAAGUGAGACUUCAGGGUCAGAAGCUUGUCCCAUGAACUACACCACAUGUAAGUUCAAAUGAUAUAACUCCCUACAUAAAAUUAUGCUAACUGAAGUAGACUACAUUCAGAAUAAUGCCUGUAAAUUUAUCUGUCCAUACUAGUAGAGGUAGUAAAAACAGUCCUAAAUGGUUAUAUUUGAUGAAUUCACAACACAUUAAAAAUAUUCACAUUGAAGGAAAUAAAGAUAUAUUUUAAGAA